AUGCUCAGAAUAACAUCUUCAGCUUCGUCUUCAGCAAGCAGGAUAAUCGCUGGACCAUCUGUUCGCCGAUAUCUCGCCACUGCCGUAUCUACUCCUUCAUCCUCCUCAUCUGAGACCUCUGCGUCUCCAGCUCCCCCACGAAAGAAAUUCGAGAAACUCGACGAUGGUCUUACAUUCGGUGACUUCGUUUCGGGAGAAGAGAUUCCUCCAGCUGGUGAAAGAGUAGUGUUAGGUAACACAUCACAACCCCGAUUACCAUCUUUCCUCAAGCACCCUAUACCAACAGGGGCAUCAUAUAGUUCUAUCAAGAAGGAACUGCGAGGUUUGGGUCUACAUACGGUAUGUGAGGAGGCGAAAUGUCCCAAUAUAGGUGAAUGUUGGGGUGGCGGUAAAGGUAAUGCAACAGCUACUAUCAUGUUGAUGGGAGAUCAAUGCACAAGAGGAUGUAAAUUCUGUUCAGUGAAAACAUCGCGUGCUCCACCUCCAUUAGACGUGCACGAACCUGAAAAUACAGCAGAAGCAAUCAGUAGAUGGGGUUUAGGAUAUAUCGUAUUGACCAGUGUCGACCGUGAUGAUCUUGUGGAUGGCGGUGCAGCUCAUAUCGCAUCGACGAUAUCGAAAAUUAAGACCAAAGCACCUAAGAUACUCGUGGAAGCAUUGACGCCGGAUUUUGCCAAUAAGGGAGUCGACGUGGUUCAUACAGUCGCUUCAUCCGGAUUAGAUGUUUUCGCGCACAACGUCGAGACAGUCGAGAGAUGUACACCAUUUGUCAGAGACCGAAGAGCAGGGUUCAACCAAAGUUUGAGAGUUUUAGAGGAAGCUAAAAUUGGUGCUAAGAAUGCUGGUAAAGAAAUCUUGACCAAGAGUAGUAUCAUGUUGGGUGUAGGAGAACGAGAAGAUGAGAUACACGAAACUUUGAGGAGAUUGAGACAAUCCGAUGUUGACGUCGUCACUUUCGGUCAAUAUAUGAGACCCACAAAGAGACACAUGAAAGUGGAUCGAUAUGUUGAACCUGAAGAAUUCGCUAAGUGGAAAGGAGUUGCAGAAGGAAUGGGCUUCUUGUAUGUUGCCAGUGGACCAUUGGUUAGAUCAAGUUACAAGGCUGGGGAAUUCUUCAUUGAGAACGUGCUCAAGAAAAGGCGUGCUGCUGCUGCCGAGCAAGCAACCGCCGAACUUUCUUCUCAGUCAUCCAACUCUAUCUCCGGUGCUACUGUAACAAGUGUAUGA